AUGUCUUGUUACAGUGGCAUUGGAAGGGAGACAGCGGCGACACUUGUGCGGAGGAAUGCCCAUGUGGUUCUGGCCUGCCGGAACGCUGAAAGGGGCGAAAAACUGCGGAAGGAGCUCUACGAAGAGGGGGUGCAGCUGCUGGAUGUGGCAUCUCUUGAGUCCGUGCGCAGCUUUGCCAAGUCAUGGCAGCAGCAAAAUCGGCCACUGCACAUGCUCGUCAACAACGCUGGAAUAUUCUCAAUGGGAGCUGAGCGGAGCUUGACGGAGGAUGGCUUUGAGGCGCACAUGGGCACAAAUCACCUGGGCCCAUUCCUUUUAACCAUGCUGUUGCUACCAAACCUCAGGCAGACAGCCAAGAGGAGCAACCACAGCUUACCAGUUCGGAUUGUGAAUGUCUCUUCGAAAAUGCAUGAGCUUGCGCCGAGCAUCGACACAGCCGACCCUCACUUUGGAGAGCAGAAGGCCUAUUCCUCUCUUGCCGCAUACAAUCGCAGCAAGCUAGCUCAGAUUCUCUUCACGGCGGAGCUGCGGCGGCGGCUGCCAGGCGACUGCGGGGUAACCGCGGCGGCAGUGCACCCGGGUGAGGUCAUGACUGAUGUCGCGGACAACUGCUACUUUGGGUCAGACUGCCGCUGCUCCUCUCCCAGUAAGCAUGCGCUGGACCCUGCCCUGGGACAGUGGCUGUGGAGCUGGUCUGCUGACAUGGUCAAGCUGCCUGCCAAAUAUGAAAUCAAGGCCCAUUCCAGUUCCUAG